AUGUUGAGAAAUGUAUCAAGUCACUCGUCAGUCUUAUCAACGAAGUCACGCGCAUUUGGUACGAUUUCUACCGUUCACCAGAUUGAAAAUGAGCCACAAUGGACUUCCUCGUGCGUGUUCAAGCCAUUGAAGCGUAAUCAUUCGAAUCAUUUGUAUUACCACAGUCGUAAUCAUCAUGAUGAUGUAGACGAAGAAGAAGAUACAAACGCUAGUGCAACAUUAGAGCCAGAACAUUCAGACGACACAGUAGUACCACAUACAAGCUCCUUGUCGCGUGAAUUUGAAAAGCCGAGGAUGGAUGCGAGCUUCCUUGUAAACAAUUAUACAGCACCAGCACUUGCUGCUGCUUAUCAGGAUCGAGAAUAUACAUUAUGGCUCUGUGCAGAGCUACUGAGUGAAGGCAAGUUUGAUCAACUGGAAGCUGUACUGAAGCCAUAUCAUGGCUUUGCUCAACAUGAAACAAAUACACAACGACAAACGCCACUCGUGAAUGCAUUUAACCAGCGCCAUAUUGAGCGUAUUCGCAAGCGACUGAGCCGACUCCCACGUCAGAUUACCAAAGCAUACUCGGCACGAGCAGCAGUAGUCAUUCCGCUAUGUACAUUCAAAGGCGAGCCGUCUGUGCUAUUUACGUUGCGCUCACUCACUGUUGGCAAGCACAAGGGCGAAGUAUGCUUUCCAGGAGGUAUGGUGGAUGCAACCGACUCGUGCAUUGAAGGCACGUGUCUCCGGGAAAUGAACGAAGAGGUUGGGCUAGCACCUACAGGUGUGGACGUACUAGGUAUCCUUCGCUGUGACUGGUCGAGUGUCACGUCGAUCACAGGCAUUGCCGUGACUCCGGUUGUGGGCUUUAUCGGCGAGAUGAGUGAUCAGACUGUGGCCAUUAACGAAGCUGAAGUGGAGUCCCUAUUUACCGUGCCGGUGCGAGACCUGAUGAACCAGGACAAUUGGAUUCGUCACAGCAACGCCACUCCAGUCUUCACGGGCGGCCCGCACGUUAUUUGGGGGCUAACAGCUUACCUGCUGGACAUAUGCUUAUCCGAAGUUUUGCAGAUCAGCAACUAA